CAGAUAUACAUAAUCUCUGUCUCCUGCUGACAGACCUUCAGUUACUAAUUUCUCAUUAGAGUCACCUUUGGGCAAAACCUGUACAAUAUAGAAAGCUUCAAAAAACACAGUUGUUUCCAGAAGCAAGAUAUUUUGCCUAGGGAAAAAAUGUAAUUAUUUCCGUGAGAUCUUCAGGCAGGGAAGCUGGAAUAAUGAUGUCAACUUCGCAGCCUGGGAAGCAGAAGUAUCAUGCCACUAUCUUUAGACUAUAUAUUGCUGCUGGUCUUAUUGUUGCUGUCCAGAGUGCCUGUGGUCCUCCGCCACGUUUCUCAUUUGCAGAACUGAAAGUUGCUUAUCAAAGGAUUUUCAAAUUUGAUACUGGUUCAGUGGUGGAAUAUGUCUGUCGUCCAGGUUACGUGAGAAAUUCGCUUAUCAAUAACACUUUUGUCUGUGAAGGCAAAAGUGAGUGGAAAGGAUCCAGAAACUUUUGUGUAUCAAAGUUUUGCAGAUAUCCUGGAGAGCCAGCUAACGGCAGACUUCUUCCAGGAGAAGAAUUCAGUUUUGGUUCAACAGCAAACUUCACCUGUGAACCUGGGCACAGACUGGUUGGAAAUUCCCAAAUUCAUUGUGUGAUUAAAAAUGGGGUUGUUACAUGGGACAAGGAGAUUCCAAUCUGUGAACCAAUACCAUGCUUACCCCCUCCAGAUAUAGCUAAUGGAGUGCAUAGCGGAACUGCUGGGGGUGAUUUCAGUUACGGAGCAUCUGUCACUUAUCGGUGCAAUGCUGUCAGAAGAGGAGAGACACCUUUCUCACUCGUCGGAGAUGCCUCUAUUCACUGUACGACCGUAGAUAACCUAAACGGUGUCUGGAGCAACCCUGCCCCUGAGUGCAAAGUGGUUCGCUGUGAACAACCAAAUAUUGACAAUGGAAAGCUGUUGAGUGGAUAUAGAGCAGAGUACACUUACAGAGACACUGUCAUGUUUGGCUGUGACUUACGCUAUACCAUGAACGGCAGUGAUGUAUCUACAUGCACAGAAAAUAGCCUUUGGGACCCUCCAGUGCCAGUUUGUCAACGAAGUAGCUGUGAUGACCCUCCUGAUGUGUUUAAUGCUGUUACAAAAAACGUUUCUGGCAAUUUAUUUCCUGUUAAGUCUGUAGUUACGUAUGAGUGUCAGAUAGGCCAUGAGUUCAACCCUGGAGAAAACGUGUGGCAUAUUGAGUGUCUGCCAGAUUUUACAUGGACUGAGUUUUCACAUUUUUGUAAAAGAGUUCAUUGUCCAAAUCCGGAUGUCAAAAAUGGAAAGCAUGUACGUGAAUGGGGAUAUAAAGAAAACAAUUAUGAAUAUGGAGACAGCGUUCACAUUAUGUGUAAUGAUGGCUAUGCUUGCAAAGGUUGUGACAAUGAAGUUGUGCUUCAGUGUACAGCAAGUGGUACAUGGGAUCCUGAAAUACCUGAGUGCAUUCUAGAACCUCGUUGCCCAGAACCAGUCAUUGAUCAUGGAAGAGAGAUUCAUAGGAGUAGAGAUGACUAUAAAGCUGGGACACGAGUGAGGAUGAUAUGUGAUUCUGGCUAUGUUCUCAGAGGCGAUUCCUCCAUUGAGUGUCAGACUGAUGGGAGCUGGGUUCCGCAACUACCAUUUUGUGAGGAAGUCUGUGGCCCACCUCCAAGAAUCAAAAAUGGGCGGCACUCUGGCUUGGGAAUGGAGUACUUCUCCUAUGGAUCCAAAGUAAUGUACAGUUGUAUAAAGGGUUUGUCCCUCAUUGGGGAGACCUCCAUUUACUGCACAUCCAACGAUGGGAUAAACCUGGUGUGGAGUGGACCUGCUCCCGAGUGCAAAGUGGUUCGCUGUCCAAAGCCAGUCAUCAGCAACGGAAGGAUGACUACACGGACGGCUACGUUUCUGUACAGCAUGGCUGUGCAGUUUUCAUGUAAUGAAGGCUAUGUGCUGCACGGCAGUAAUAAGAGUUGGUGUCAGAGUGACAGUGCCUGGCAUCCGCCUCUGCCAACCUGUCGGCCAGUUCAGUGUCACCUACCAGUGGGAGAUGACUUAGUGUUUCACACGUCCAAGUCACACUAUGAAGUGAAUGAAACUCUAGCCUUCUCCUGCAAAAGUGAUAAACGCCAAGUAAUAACCUCCUGCUCAGCUGAUGGCAAAUGGAUACCAUCACCCAAAUGCGAAAAGCCCAUUCAGCAUGAUAUAUGUGAGGAGUUUCUUCAAAAGAGAGAAAUUCUGCAGUGUGGAGUUCUGUCAGAAAUGAAAACUGUGCUGGAAGUAUGGAAGUUGUAUCUGGAGAUCCAGAAACUUGAAAAGGAGCUAAGCAUCACAGUAAACAGCUGAAUGUUGCAACUGGUAUCAUAACAGACAUGUCUCCUUUGAUGCAUGUUGAAUAGCCAUAGUGACUGAGGAUUUUUAGUGGCUUUGUAAUUCAUACUAAUACAUAAGUAGCUAGAAAAAAAACAAUCAGUCAAGGACAUUUAUCAUGUGAGGAGUCAGAAAGUAACUUCUUUUGGUCUAUUCUGUUAGAGGUCACUGAGUUAGGUUUGUACAUCACCGUAUAGAUUUCAAAGGUUCACAUUUAGUUACGUUUAUUUUACUGAGAACUGCACAAUCAGAAAGGAGCCAGACCAAAAGUAAAUUUUUGUCCAAUUCCUCCCUACAGACAGGAACAUAGAUUGUAGGAAUCACCAGUCCAUGCUCACCCUGCAGCUGAUGUACAUAUUUAACUAUAAUCCCAUAUAGCCUAUGGGCAUUCUGUUCAUGUAACUGUUACAUUCAUUGUUGUGAACAAACAUUUAAUUGCCUUAUUAGCUGUCAAGAGCAAGUAAAAUGAAGAAAUCAUCAAAGCUUGUGUUUUAGCAAAACAAAAAUACCAGGUUUUCUUCCCAAGCAGGACAGAUCUGUCUCUGGGACUCCUGGCAGUGGCACUCACUGCAUUUUUGUGUGUACUCACUUGCGCUGAGAGCAGCUGUUGGAAAUAAAACUGUAAAGAAAGGGACUAAAAUAAGUCCGGUAAAGGGGAAGUGUUCUGUUAACCUACAUCGUAUGAUCAAACAUGUAUUUCUUCAGUGCACAAUUAUAAUAAAAAUGCAAUUCUAUUAA